AAGAAAGAAUAUAGUUUGGUAAUAAAGCACAGGUUUUGAAGAACAAAUAAAUCAUGUCUCAUCUGGACUGGCUUUGUCUGAAAUGGUCGGCAAGUAAAGGUAGAUUUAUCAAUCCAGUUUAGUUUUCAAAAUGAUUUCUAUUAGAAUGAUUACUCUUACUCUGAAGAACAUUAUGGCUAUUCUCAACAUUUUUAUCUGUGAUUAAGUAGUUUAUAUGCAUAUGUCCUGCAUCUGCAAUGCAGCCAAAUAUUGUUUGACUAUCACUUUCAUGAAAAGAGGCUGAAGCUCUUAACAGUAAUGUAUAUAUAAGAAUAGCUAAAAAGAUGGUUGUCUAAUUUUUUUGAAAGUGUGACCAUAACAUUUAAAUCUAGAAAAGAGUACAACUAGUUCUUUGCUUGACAAACCCUAAACAUCAGGUUUGAUAUAAUUAAUUUUGGGUGCAAUGCAUAACUCACUUUUAUUGGCCAAUUGGAACUGAGAUAACAGCAUCAUUUACAUAUAGGAGGGUUGCAAUAUACCGAUAUCUGGCCUUCAGUUUUGGAGACUGGCAAGUAUGAUUAUUCAUCUUGGAUGCUAGACAGUUAACAAAUGUGCCAUAGAAGCAACCCAGAUAUGCAUCUGCUUAAUUCUUAUGCUAGCAUGAAUUGCCUUGGUGCAGCCUUGCAUACAAGCCUAAUCUUAAACUAGAAUUUUUGAGUUUAUAUAUAGCAUAAGAAAGACUUAUCUGUUAUUUUAGAUAAUAUUUGUCCAUGAUAAAAUUCUUGUAGGUUUAUCAUAAAUUUAUAUCAUUUCUCGAUAUAAGAUCAAAGUUGAUUUUGGCUAACCCCAUUAUUUUUAGGAUCAGAAUCUUAUUGUAUAUAAAUGUGAACAGGAAGGACACAACAGUAAUCUACCAAUCCAAAUUAUUCCAACUUUUUUUUAAACUGGCAGGUUUUGAUUAGACUUGGUCUGCUUAAUUAAAUUGCUAUUUCAGAGCAUAUUAAGGAGGGCCACCAUGGGAAUAACUAAUUAAACUCUAGGUCAGGUUUGUGUAGUUGGGAUUAUUCCAGCAUAUAUGUCCCAAAAGGGUCCAUUCAUGCUUGUGAGUGAAGGAAAAGAUUGGUCGUUAGAAUUGAAUUGAAUUAAAUUAAAUUUUUUAUUGGCCAAGUGUGAUUGGACACAAGGAAUUUGUCUUGGUGCAUAUGCUCUCAGUAUACAUAAAAGAAAAGAUACAUUCAUCAAGAAUCAUAAGGUACAACACUUAAUGAUAGUCAUAGGGUACAAAUAAGCAAUCAGAACACAAUAUCCAUAUAAAUCAUAAAGAUACAAGCAACAAAGUUACAGUCAUAAGUGGAAGGAGAUGGGUGAUAGGAACGAUGAGAAGAUUAAUAGUAGUGCAGAUUUAGUAAAUAGUUUGACAGUGUUGAAGGAAUUAUUUGUUUAGCAUAAAGCUGAAUUGAGAAGCCAAUAUUUCUUGCUUCCUGACAGCCAUAAUCAAAUCAAGCUUCGGUGAAUAUAGUGAUUCUCUCUCCCUUCCUCCCUUUCUCAUUUUACACAACUAAGAUUCAAAAUAUAUUGUGUGUUUUCUGUAACAAUGGGCAAAAUAUUAAAAGAUUUUCAGGUAAUUGUUUUGGUAUCAUUUAAGAUACAACAUAGCUAUUCCCCUUUAAAAAAAAAAAUCUCAUUUGAGGAUGACGAAGCGUAACAUUCUUCCUCUUUUUACUGAAAAUGAAGUUACUUUGUUACUGGCAACAUGAUGUUGCGAUAUCUACAGUUUUUCCAGCUUAUUAUCAUUCUUUCUCUUUAUGGCGUUACUGUGGCGCUGGAAAAACAACUGCUUUGUACAUCUAAUGACAUUGAUAUUUUAUAUUCCUAUUGUGGUUCUGGGAGAGAUAACUUCUUAUUUUCAGUGGAGCCAUGUUUGUUACGGGGUCGUUCAGAAUGGCGGGGAACUAUUUUUUGGAUUCCAAAGGCUGAUUUGACAGUUGUCAAUGCACGCAUACAGUUGUUGAAUGGGCCUUCCAAAGCCUUCAAAUGGGAGAGUACUGUUUGUCAUGGUGUGGAUGAUGACUAUUCAUUUUGUGGAGCUCUGAAAGGAGAAACAAUCAACACAACUGUGAAAAUCAGAGGAUCAGGGUCAAAAUAUCUGCAGCUUUUAAAGGGGGAAUACAUUGUAUUUUUCGAAGUAUUGACAGGUCUCAAGGAGUUGGCAACUUGUGUGAAUUACACACUGAUCCUUAAAUAGGGAUUAUUUUGGAGAGAAGGCUUUGGUAAAUCCUCAGCAUCUGAUCCUUCAAAUUGUGGAAUUGUACCAUCAAUAUAAUUAGCCAAAAAAAAAAGUAAGAUGAAGUCAAAUAUUCAUUAUAUACGAGGCAACAUGAAACUUUAAUAAAGUAUGUUGCUUGACAAAACUCCAAAACAACCAGUCUAUUAAAACUACUUCACAAAGCCAUGUUGUUCUUUUGUUCCCAAGAAUGAAGUAAAUUGAUUUGACUUCCUCUGCUUCAGAGCCCUUCCAGACCUCAAAGUUUGCACUAGGAGGACACUGAUGGAAGCCUGCGUAUCAAGGGACAUCAUGGGCCAUUGUGAAGAACAAAUUGUGUUUUUUCCCUUAAUGUACUAAAUAAACCACAGAAAACAGUCCUAAUCUAGCCUCUGGAUUAAACCAUCCAUAUUGGUAGCCAUUACAUCAUAAAGAUACACUCAUGGAUAUAAAGUUGCAAUUAGAAAUGUAAGGUGAAUAAAGUUGUAAAUGUUAA